AUGCCCGGCCCGGCCGCGGGCAGUAGGGCCCGGGUCUACGCCGAAGUGAACAGCCUGAGGAGCCGCGAGUACUGGGACUAUGAGUCUCACGUCCCGAGUUGGGGUAAUCAAGAUGAUUACCAACUGGUUCGAAAACUUGGUCGGGGAAAGUAUAGUGAAGUAUUUGAGGCCAUUAACAUCACUAACAACGAGAGAGUGGUUGUAAAAAUUCUCAAGCCAGUGAAGAAAAAGAAGAUAAAACGAGAGGUUAAGAUUCUGGAGAAUCUUCGUGGUGGAACAAAUAUCAUUAAGCUGAUUGACACUGUAAAGGACCCCGUGUCAAAGACACCAGCUUUGGUAUUUGAAUAUAUCAAUAAUACAGAUUUUAAGCAACUCUACCAGAUCCUGACAGACUUUGAUAUCCGGUUUUAUAUGUAUGAACUACUUAAAGCUCUGGAUUACUGCCACAGCAAGGGAAUCAUGCACAGGGAUGUGAAACCUCACAAUGUCAUGAUAGAUCACCAACAAAAAAAGCUGCGUCUGAUAGAUUGGGGCUUAGCAGAGUUCUAUCAUCCUGCUCAGGAGUACAAUGUUCGUGUAGCCUCGAGGUACUUCAAGGGACCAGAGCUCCUUGUGGACUAUCAGAUGUAUGAUUACAGCUUGGACAUGUGGAGUUUGGGCUGUAUGUUAGCAAGCAUGAUCUUUCGAAAGGAACCCUUUUUCCAUGGGCAGGAUAAUUACGACCAGCUUGUUCGCAUUGCCAAGGUUCUGGGGACAGACGAGCUGUAUGGCUAUCUGAAGAAAUAUCACAUAGACCUAGAUCCACACUUCAACGAUAUCUUGGGACAGCAUUCAAGGAAACGCUGGGAAAACUUCAUCCAUAGUGAAAACAGACACCUUGUCAGCCCUGAGGCCCUAGAUCUUCUGGACAAACUUCUGCGAUAUGACCAUCAACAGAGACUGACUGCCAAAGAGGCCAUGGAACACCCAUACUUCUACCCUGUGGUGAAGGAGCAGUCCCAGCCUUGCGCAGAGAAUGCUGUACUUUCCAGUGGUAUCACAGCGGCACGAUGAAGACUGGAAAGCGACGGGUAAUGCGGCAUUGAUGCUUGCCAAUAAAACCAACCACCAAACACAAAUCUUGAAGGAAACUACAGUGUGAUAAAAAGAAAUUCUAAUCAUUCCUUCUAAGGCAAAGAAGAGUAAAGACCUAAAAGUCUGUCAAAAGAAACUCCCCAGUACUAGUCUCCAGGGAGCUGCAGUUGUGCAGUGUGAUGAUGCAUAUAGUUCAGGAUCUAAGGGGACUCUCCCUUUGGAAUGCAUGGGAGAUGAGAAACUCGGAGUUGUUGUACAUUUUUCUUCGUUUAACAGAACACCACUGUUGAUUAACCCGUUCGGUCAACAAGCUCUGAAUAUCUGACUUCCUGUCUAUUCCACUGUGGUCUGGUUUCCUUUCAUGAGAAUUCAGGCUCAAGUUUUAGCAAAACGUCAGCAGUCUACACUGACACACCAGCCUCAUUUAUGAAAAGGAUAUUAAAACAGUGACAGUAUUUUUUUUAAGCUCUUUUACAAAUUCAUGUUUUAUGUAUUUUUUUAUGACAUGAGCUCUCCAAGAAAUGUACCUCAUCCCUGCAGUUUCCCUCUAAAUGUUUUCAUUUGGAAGCAAACUGCAGUCACUUUCACAAAGUCCUCUUUGCUGUCAGGAGACAUCACUUGAAACCGUGAGAUGUUAUGAACAGGUCCAUUGGUCUCAUCAGAAUGUCCCUGCUAUGUGCAUAACUUGGAGCUCACCAUAACCUCUGUUGAUUUGCCUAAUCAUAGAAUCUUGUUGCUGAUUUUUUUCCUUUAGCCUUUUUUGGGGGGCGGGGCAGCCUUCUAAGGAAGACCUCAGCAUUUCCCACCACAUCCAUGUGUGUGCACCUGUUUUAAUGCACUUCUCUGAAACCGUGACCUUUUUAUUCACCAUAACUAAAGCUGGAAAGUCAAUUUUCAGGCAGGUCAAAGAGGGCGAAAACAUCCUAUAAGGACUUAUUCAGGAAAGAUUUGCUGGGGGGAAAAGUAUCGCCACCUGUCUUCCCUCUUUUUACCCACACAACAAUUUCCAGUUGUAAUCAGGGUAAUAGCAGUUUGAACUUGGAUAUGUGACAUAUGAGUAUGUGUGAUAUACUGAUACUGUAUGGGUAAGACCAUCCCAUAACUCCAGCAACUGAGAGGAGAGAAAUAUGCAGGGGACUUGGGGAGAGAAGUGGACCUCCUGGGGCAAGUGUUACAGCUUUGGAUCUGCUGUGCUAACCUUGACAUUAACAAAGAAAGCUAGGUUUUAUUUUUUAAAAAAGAAUAGGGCUGAUUUCAUUUUAGGAACUUGUCAACAACAUGAUUUGCCAUUAGUCCCCUUCCUGCCAUCUACAGAGCCAUUGCCACAGCUCUGGGGACCUAACUUGCCUAGGCUGGAGGUAGAGGUGUCUACCACUGUAUCACACAUAGGAUUUCUUUAUUAACUAUUUAAUAAUGCCAUAUAUUUUUUAAGGUUAGAUUGUUUGAAGCAUCUGUUUACAUUCCAUAUUCCAAUAAAAUCAUAUUGGUAUUGGUAGCAGGUCCUAUCUUUAAAUGUAAAUUCUAUUUUGUCGUUUGGAUGGUGGGAACUUAGUGAACAAGUGAAACUCUUCUUAUAUAUAAGAGUUGAGUUUAUGGAUUAAAAAUAAGAUCCUAAAGCCAGGAAAUACAUUUAGUUAAGGUUCUCAUACUAAUACUGCCUGCCUACAUUGUACAUUCUGUAUCUUGAUAUGUACAUUUUUUUUCUACCUGAAAAUCAAAAAUAAGAUGUGAAUUCUCAGCUGAACCUGUAUCAGUAUGUCAGGCAGCAAAACUCAGUGUUUCAGAUUAUCACAGACCUUCAAAAUGCCCUUACAGUAAGGCAGCCUGAAAUAUUGGUUAUCAGGGAGAUGUGCCACUGUGUGUCUUCCUUGCUCCCCACCCCUCAAGCCUUCCUUAUCACUCUUGGCCUCUUCCCUUCUGCCUUUUGUUUCCCUCCCUCCCUCCUUUCUUUCUUUCUUUCUUUCUUUCUUUUUCUUUCUUGCCUAUCUGGACAAAGCAAGGGGAGCUUACUGGAGGGUCUUGGUUGAGCAGUAACCCCAGUUCUUUCCCUUGGGUACCCCAGCCAUAAUAAAAGCAUCUAGAAAGGAGUUAGACAGUGAGCUUCCACCCCUCUCCUUUGGCCUUCCUAGCUGACCUGCCUGCCCUUGCAUCUGCAGCUACAGCUGUGACACAGCAGUAAUUCUUCCUUUAUAAGCAUACGGUUUACUUUCAUGGCACCUAUACUUUCACCUCUCUUCAUGCCUUAGACUUAGCUUUAAAGUACUUGCUCCCUUCUGGAUCUGGACUUGAUGCCUAGGCUGUUCUUUCCCAAACUGAAGUAGUCUAGUUCAGACCUUUUCUUUACCUGUCUCUAAAUCCAUUUUGUGUCCAAAUGGACCUUUCUCCCCUGAAAUUUUAAAAUGUUUACCUGAGUUAGGAGAUGGUCUUGGAAAGUUCCUAAGGAGUGUGUAUAAAUCUGUGUGUGCACGUACAUGCGUGUGUGUAGGAUUGGGAGUCUAGCCUUACAUUUUAGAUUAUGGUAAAUUUACCUAACCCAAUAUCCUUUUCAGUUAGCAUAUUCGUUCUUAAACUCAUCUCAGUAAGUUGCAUUUGUUUGCUUCAUACCUUAUAACAGGAUAAAAGUGCCUAUGACAAGGACUUAAUUAUUUCCUAAAGAAAAGCAAAAAACAUGGGGAACAGGGUCGUGUUACACUGUCAUCUCAGGUACUGCCUGUGUUCAGGAACAUAGACCUGGUAGGGUGAGAACAGAAGCUUCCUGUGCUGAGUUCAGAUCCGUGUAUCAUCAUUGGCAGCCAUGAGUGUGCGUAACUGCAAGGUUGCCUCAGCUGAGAAAUCCCAUGGUGAGAGCGAUACUAAUGAAGCACUAAGUGACAUUCCCUCCAGGGCUUGGUGGCAGCCCACUUUCUCCAGGUUCUUAUCAGCUGACCAUGUUACUCUUCUAUCCCUGUGGGCAGCUGGGUGGAAGAAGCCUUUGAGUACAUAGCAUGGAGCAGGUGUUCUUGGGGCUUUUUACCAAUUAGUGAAGUGCCUAUGCAGUUCAUGAGGCGCUUGGAUGGUCUCUAGCAUGACACUGCUCCAGGCUUAGGGCUCAUGUAGUCCCUUGCAGAGAGGAAAGAACUCUCAUCCAACUGACAACAGGAGACUGAAGAGCUCAGAUCCCUGGGGGCUUGGAGAGAGUGUCUGGCGGAAGGGCAGGUAAAAGAAAAGGAACCAAGGAAAAUGACCUAAAGGUAGAUCUUGAGAAGGAAGCAUACUUCUUGAGAGGGAGAAAUGAGCAGACACUAAGUUUCUGUUCCAGAGUGUGCUCUGGGGAGGACACUGCCCCCUGGCUUGGGUCUUGUGACCCUUUGAAAGGUGGUGCUCUCGAAUCAGGUGCUGAGUUCCAGAGAGAGCUGGUGCUUAGUGUCCCACAGUCUGUGCCUACUCAGGGAAAUGGCUUAGGUUCUCCCAGGUGCUGUGUAGAUGUGAGUGGAAGCAGAGCUGCUUUGGGAGACAAACUUGGAAGAAUUUUUAUAUAUGCAUUGAAAUAAAUCUUAAAGAAUCUAGUUAACAGUUUCCUUUAAUGCUAGUUCAGAUUUAAAGGUUUGUUUAGAAAGCUGUGUUACUGCGUGAGGAUCCACAGGGAAGAACAGAAAUCCCCCUGGAGAUAAAUGAGUGGAUGAUAGCUUACGGGAGUAAUAGCCAAAGUGUAGGUGAAAACAUUCUGAAAGCAGAAGCAGGGUCCUCCUGAGCACACAAUAAGCCCUAGUUUGUCAGUGAACUGAAUACAUCGAAACUGAAUGUUCCACCUUUAAAAAUUAACCCCAGGGUGGGGGUAGCUGGGAGGGGAGGUGGCAAGGAAACCAGUAAUAACAUGCUUUUUGAGCUCUAUGAAUGUGUAAUAAAACACCCCCAAACAGGUAUUACGGAGGCUGGGGGAAGAAAGAUGUGAUGGGAUUAUACAGGUGAUGCAUACUUUUGUGUCAAGACUCAAACAAUGUGCUACAAAUGUGAUACUUAGCCCUGAACUGCAUGUAUUGGGGAUUGUUUAAAAAAAAAACUCUGAAUCAAUAAAUUAACAGUUUUUCA